GGCAUCCGUACUUCGAUGACGUCACGGCCAAACAUCCAAACAUGGCGGCCUGAGCGAAUGUGCGGAAAACAACAACAACAACAACAACACCGCAACUAAAGAGUUUACCGUGAAACCGGAACCGGCGGUGACCGUGAACGCGUCCUCUUUCUAGCAUCGACGAUGCGGAGCAGCGGGCGACGCGCGGCGCCGCUCCGGACUUCACUGAGCUGAGGACGAGCGUCUCCGCGCUCAACGACGACGCGCACGAGCGCACGAGCGGCCAGCGGCACGUGGCCGGUGCGGCGGCGUCGACCAUGUGUACAGAUUUGCGGAGUCCGAAGCACGGGGGGUGCAGCAGGUACGCCGGCUGGAACAACGGGGACUCCCCGGGCGACGUGGAACCGACGCAAGACAUUUUCUGGGAUCCCACGUCGCCGACUUCAGCCGCUGCAGGGCUCAGGAACACCAGAUUUGUGGAAAUAUCAGAUAUCGUGAACCGUAUUGCUCCAAAGGAUGUGAAGAGGAAGGCGUCUCCUCUGCUCCAGUGGAUCGGCGACAGCGCCGUCCCGUGCACGCAGGGCGUCCCGAAGCCCAGAGUCAGGAAGAGGUCCUCUCGGCAGAGCAGCGUGGACGACCUCCUCAAGCUCGCCCGGCAGUUUGACGAGAACAUGCAGCAGGACCGGGAGACCUCGGAGCAGCUGGCCGCCGCCGCCGCCGGUGACCGCGCGGACGCUCCCGAACCGCCGGGUGCACGGAUCCCCGGCGACCUAAAGGGCCCCCCAGCGUCCGAUCCGGUGGAGGCGGAGCUACGUGCUAUGUUCGACAGCUCCACCCAGAGGGUCAGCGGCCGGCUCAGCCAGGGCUCGUCGGCGUCGGCACGAUCGCAGGAAGUGAAACGCCACCCUCUGGCCGGACAACCGGAGCUCAAGUCUGAAGGAAAGGGAUCCUGUGGUUUCCAAGCGAACGACUGGGACGACGACUGGGACGACGACGACCUCCUCGAUGACUCCUUUGCGCUGGCGAUGACCGACGACCGCGACCAGCAGCGCGGCGCCCGCCACGAGGCCGCCCUGCAGGGGAACGCGGACCCGUCGGCACAUCCGGGCCCGAAGCCGAGCGCCCUCCAGGAGCUGUGUCCCAAGCCAAAGACUUCCAACCGAAGCACUUUCAAGCUGGAGCCCAACCCUCACUUCCAGCCCGCGAAGGUUCCCGGGUCCAAAUCGACGACGUCUGACCUGAAACCCGCCGCCGCGAAGACCCCGUCCAUCCCGAUCCCCGACAACGCCAAGACCUGCGUGGCGGCGGACAGUUCGGACAGCUUGUGGGACGACGGGGUCGACGACGCGCUGCUCUGCCAGGCGUGCGACCGCGUGGAGCGGACCUCCAACAGUCAGCCGCGGCGAGCGAGCCCGGGCGGCUCCGGAGAGAAGCCGCCGGCUCGCGCGCCCCCGUCGGUGAACGCCGCCGCCGACAGACAGUCGCCGCGCGCCUUCGUUCGCUCUAACUCGCUGCCGGAGGGCGGAGGCAGAGAGACGGGGAACUACCGAGGCUGGGACGUUCCCAUGAAAGGUGGCGACCGCCAGUCGGCGAUGUCCCAGAGCCUCCCGGGGGGCCGCGUGAGUCUGGGCUCCUUCAACCGGUGCAGGGACGCCGGUGUGGACCUGCAGCCGAACUACACGGCCCAUCAGCCGGCCUUCAAGAGGAACGUGUCCGACCCGGCAGCUGUAAGCAGCAAAGUGUUCGUCACCAGCCAGAUGACGUCCAAAUGCUCCGCCGCCGAGAUCGGGAGGAAGAAGCAGGAGGCUUUGGCCAGGAGGCGACUGCGGAUGCAGAAACCGUAGAAGGAGCUCGGCCCCCCGACUCAAAUGCACCUUUUAAAAAAACAACAUCAUCAUCAUCAUCAUCAUCAUCAUCAUCACGUUACCCACCACAGUAUUAGACGUGUCUUUGGUUCACGAGUCUCAGAUGCUGUAUGUUCAUGUUUUCAAAUCCUACUUUCGUGCACUGAGUUUGAACAUUUCCCAGUUUUUCCAGCGUCGUCAUUUCCGCUCUGCACAUAUUUUGCAUUAACGUGUUUUUGUUUGUUUAAAAGCAGCAAAUAGUUCCCUCUGUGUUCUCUACUGAGUGUUUGUGAUGAUUAUGUGGCUGCACCUACUGACGCGUACGUCACGUAUUUAGUCCUGUGAUCAAGAGAGCGUUGCUUUAGUUAAAUUAAGAGCGUGUUGAACUACAAAAUCAAUGGCUGUAAAUGUUUUGUUCAUAUUUCUUCCUUCUUACUGUUUUUUUUCUAUGUUUUGUUUGCGUCACAUUGUUCAUCCGUCCAGUUUUGCACAAGUGUCCCGUUUUAAAGACGCUGGAAUAAAAACGUUCUCCUAAGUUAUCCGUCAUGAACAUCUCAGACUGAAUAAACUGCUCCAAACGCAGAUUAAA